UCCAAUAAUCGACUCGCUUGUGAAGUGUCCGAGGCCUGAAGACUUUUCUUAUGUUUCUAAACGGCCGCCCGCCUGGAUCUCAGCGUGUGGAUGCUCGGACUGCGGUGCCCGGUGUGAGCGGGUGUGAACCGCUGUAGCGCUGGACGCCCUGAACCGAGCGGAGGCGGUCGGACACGUUAGCCGACGAGUCGAAGCUACCGCUAACUGCCAGCGAGGAAGUGAGGGAGGAACAAAAAUGACAUCUCGGAGGUGGUUUCACCCCAACAUCACAGGUGUUGAGGCUGAAAACCUCCUGCUGACUCGAGGAGUAGACGGGAGCUUUUUAGCCAGACCCAGCAAGAGUAAUCCAGGAGACUUCACCCUCUCAGUACGGCGAAAUGGAGCUGUCACCCACAUUAAGAUCCAAAACACAGGAGACUACUAUGACCUUUAUGGAGGAGAGAAGUUUGCCACUCUUGCAGAGCUGGUGCAGUAUUACAUGGAACAUCAUGGACAAUUGAAGGAGAAGAAUGGAGAUGUUAUUGAGCUCAAGUAUCCGCUCAACUGUGCUGAUCCCACAUCAGAGAGAUGGUUCCACGGGCACUUGUCGGGCAGGGAGGCUGAGAAGCUGCUGACGGAGAAGGGGAAGAACGGCAGCUUCCUGGUGAGAGAGAGCCAGAGCCAUCCAGGGGAUUUUGUCCUGUCAGUUCGUACAGGAGAUGAUAAGACGGACAGCAGUGACAGCAAACCCAAAGUCACUCAUGUCAUGAUCCGCUGCCAGCAUGACCUCAAGUAUGACGUGGGUGGAGGCGAGAAGUUUGACUCCCUCACCGACUUGGUGGAGCACUACAAAAAGAACCCCAUGGUAGAAACUCUGGGCACCGUGCUUCAGCUAAAACAGCCCCUGAACACGACUCGUAUUAACGCAGCAGAGAUUGAAAGUCGAGUAAGGGAGUUGAGCAAACUAGCUGAGGCCACAGACAAGGUCAAACAGGGCUUCUGGGAAGAAUUUGAGACCUUGCAGCAACAAGAGUGCAAGCUGCUCUACAGUCGCAAAGAGGGCCAGAGAGCAGAGAACAAAAACAAGAACAGAUACAAGAACAUUCUGCCAUUUGACCACACACGUGUGGUGCUGAAUGAUGGGGACCUAAAUGAGCAAGGCUCAGACUACAUCAACGCCAAUAUCAUCAUGGUAGUAUCGGCUGUCAUGCCGGAGCUGGACCCAAAGUGUAACAGUACCAAGCUGAAGAAGAGUUACAUCGCCACUCAGGGUUGUCUGCAGAGCACAAUCAGUGACUUCUGGAGGAUGGUGUUCCAGGAGAACUCUCGAGUCAUCGUCAUGACCACCAAAGAGGUGGAGAGAGGAAAGAGCAAGUGUGUGAAGUACUGGCCAGACGUGUCGGCUCUGAAGGAGUACGGCGCCAUGCGCGUUCGCAACGUCCGAGAGACAACUGCACACGACUACACCUUAAGGGAGCUCAAACUGUCCAAAGUUGGACAGGGAAACACAGAACGUACAGUUUGGCAGUACCACUUCAAGGCCUGGCCGGACCACGGCGUCCCCACUGACCCGGGUGGUGUACUGGACUUCUUAGAGGAAGUCAACCUGAAACAGGAGAGCAUACCGGACGCUGGGCCUAUAGCGGUACACUGCAGUGCAGGGAUCGGGCGUACAGGAACGUUUAUAGUGAUUGACAUCCUGAUAGAUGUGAUCAGAGAAAAAGGGGUGGACUGUGACAUCGACGUGCCAAAGUCCAUCCAGAUGGUUCGUUCUCAGCGCUCUGGGAUGGUGCAGACCGAGGCGCAGUACAGGUUCAUCUACAUGGCUGUACAGCAUUACAUAGAAACAUUGCAGAGACGCAUAGAGGAAGAACAGAAAAGUAAGAUUAAAGGGCGUGAGUACACUAACAUUAAGUACUCCAUGUCUGACCUGACUGGGGGAGAGCAGAGUCCUUUGCCUCCUUGCACUCCUAUUCCUACUCCCACCUGCACAGAGAUGAGGGAGGACAGCUCCAGAGUGUAUGAGAACGUGGGCCUGAUGCAGCAGCAGAAGAGCUACAGAUGAGAUUCACCUUUGACCCCAGUGCUCUUUCAGUUCCAGGAUCUUGAUACCUGACAGUUUAUUCGCCAGCCACACCUUGACGCCUGAGACUUGACCGUAAUGACAUGGAACCAUGGACACACACACACACGCACACACACACAAACACACACAUACUCACACACACUCCACUCACACACAAUGAGAGAGACCAGACUCCAGGGUCCUCCUGUUCUCGCUCAUCUUCCAUGAACAUUUGCCCUCUAGUUGAAUUCUAAACCACUGUGAUCAUCAGAGGAGCCUUUGAGAAGCCUAAAACACUAAAUCCCAACUAAACCACAGUCUGAGUUUAGCCUUUGUAAAGUCUCCCCUCAACAAGGGCUGCACACAGUGAGCACUCUCCUCAGAGGGAAUAACUUAGCUAAUCUUUGCUCUGCUCUCAUUUUUCUAUGUUGUUUUUUUUAUUAACCAAAGGAAAGAUUAGAUUGUGUUGUGUCAAUGGAAGUGAGGAGUUUCCUCAAUAAGACCUGUAACAAAACCACAAAUGAUUUUAUUGACAUUUCUCUAUUUGGCCUGAUGCGCCUUUAAAGCAGUGGGAGACAAAACUGGGGCAAAACUUCCAGUGACUUUUCCAGUUUUCACUGUGUUUAUAUAGAGCGAUGUUUCUGAAUGAAGAAGUAUUGGCAACAUUGUAGUGUAAUAUCAUAUUUACAGUUGAUCUGUUGAUUCAUAAUUCACUGACUUCUAAACAUGAGUUCUUUUUUUGUGUGUGCCAGAACCGCCUUGAAGAGAAAUUCAGGCUGUUCAGAAAAUUAAUUAAUUUUUUUUUUUUUCUUUUUCUACUUCACAUGGGUGUAAUAUGCUUUUGUUGGGAUACACAGUGUCUGUUAGUUAACCAUUCCUGAGCUCAAGCCUAAUGUCCUUAAUGCUGCACCUUUUAUUUAGCAGCUUAACAGUUACAGUCAAGCCUUGAUUCACCGGUUGGAUUUAUAAAUGAUCUAAUCUGCGGUUACUACAGGAGUUUCGCAAGGGGUGGGGGCGUCCAUAUUUGAUUUUUGCCCUCCCCCUUUCAUGCCUGCACUUCUAUGUCAAAGUCGGUGACUGGCAUGUAAAGAUUUCAGGGGAGUCUGUUGUGUAUCUCUGUUGCAGGCAUCACUACAGACGCACGACUGCCAAAAAGAAAACCUUACGUUUUUUUUGUUGUUUUUUUUAAGUGCAUAUUACUUUUUCCAUUCUUUCUUGUUCUUUUUAAAGAAAAAUGCCUUUUGUGUAUCAUUUCCUAUUUGAGCACUACAUGUACUUAAGUUUAAGAGUAACUAUUUUAAAAAGCAAUCACACAACUCUCAGCCUUGGCAGCAUAGACGGCCAGUGUUGUGGUUAUAGAAUGUUGGGCCUGUUCUAGUCAGCUGGAUUCAGUAGUUACACAGACACACAUGUACAUGAACACACACACACCCACACACACCCACAAGUAUACAGUUUUCAAGAGGAGAGUAUUUUCUUGUGUACUGUUAACAAUUUAAAUGAAUUGUCUUAUAUUUUUUUCAAAUGUCACUCAUCCCACUUUCCUCAGUCAGAUGAGAAGAUGGACACCACUCUCAUACGUUCGUACGCUACAUAUGAAGCCAGCCAGCAGUUUAGAGUAUUAGCAUAAAGACUGAACAGUCUAAUGGAGACAGACUCUAGGAACUCUUUGUAAAUAAAACAGGGAAUUAAGAAACAAAUCAUCAUGUGUUUAUCGUUGAGCUUUAGAGUGGGGUGGUAAAUAGAAGAUCCUAACCACUCAAGUUUGCGUGCUAACCAUUAAGCCACGCCCAGCGGCUGAUUAGCUUAGCAUAAAGAAGCACAAAGAUUGGAACAAACUCCACCCAUCAGCACCUUCUAGGCUCAAUAAUUGUGGUUCAGGCGUCGCCAUAGAGAUGAAGCUUGGCUAGCUGUCUCCUAGCUUAGCUCAGCCGAUUACCUGUCAGUACUGGCCUCAUAUGUACAAAUAUGAGAGUGGAAUCAAGCUUCCUGUCUUAACUUCAUACAAGAAAGCGUAUUUCCCAAGAUGUUAACUGUUCUUUUAACGUCUCCAUCGGUUUCAGUAUUGGGGGAUGUUGAAUAUUUUGUAUUCUAGUGAGAAACACACUCACACUUACUCAUUUCAAACAUGUGGCCUAAGUAUUUUCAUUUGUCAAGCCUUCCCAGCUUCUGCACAUUGGCUCACCAUCACUCGCCUUGAGAAACUGCAGUCUUGUGAUUGAACUUACUGUAACAGUGCUGACUCAGAAUUUCUCAGUUAAAGAAAAGGGAAGCGGCGGCUCUUCUCUUUGCCUUUGAGGGACAGUUCUCAACCACCACUGAUCCAGGAUUGAACAGCCUCUUUGUGUAACAUAAAAACUCAUGAAAUCAGUGUUUUUUCCCCCGGGCUGCUCUGCUUCCCCCCCCACCGGAGGACUCUGCUUAUAACAUUUGUCUGCUGCUUCACAGCAAGUGUUCUUUGAAACUUCCCCCGGGUGAACGCCAUCCACUGACUGAGUUAAUGAGAGCUGCAGUGUGGUGGGGUUUUCUGUAUGCAGUUUUAUCGUCGAAUGGAUGACUUUGUCUAAUGUUUAGUGGAGUGCAUGUUGUGGUGUUUCUUGUCCUGUGGUGUGUGUGUGAGUGUGUGCAGGGAUGUGUGAAUGUGCUGUGAGAAUGUGGCUUCCGUAUCAGCCAUAAGUUCUACUUUUCUUUUCCCGCAGAUGAUAAAACUGCUUUCCAUUUAUCAUGUAAGCAAUUAAGAUGCAUAGAUGUGCCUUCUAUGCAUAUGCCUAUGUGUAUGUGAUAGGUAUUACAAAAAAACAGUGCUCUUUAGUUUCCACCGCCAUUCAAGAACCUGUAACACUUAAAUGUGAAUUCUUUCAUCCUGAACAUCCUGAACAAAAAAGGAAAAAUGGUGAUUGCGAUGCAAACAAACUAUAUUUUUUAACAUGUAUAUUGUACAUGAGUACCAGGUAGAGGAGAAUGUACUUACUAAAACAUAUCUACUUGCCAAUAAGAUAUACUGUAUGUAUAUUCCUACAGCUUUCUCUCUGUGACACAGAGAGGGACCUCUCACAAAGCUUAAGAGGUUUAUUGUAUGACUUUCAAUGCAGUUAACCAUGUUAACUUCCUCAAUAACAAUAAAUGGCUAGCUCAUGCCUCAUUAA